AUGUUUUCCCCAGUUCAACCGACGGCCUGUCGAUCAAGACCUAUGUGUCCGCCCACGACACCCUUCCCUCUGCCGCAGCUGGCCGGAACGCCUGGCAGCAGUGCUUCGACUGCAAUCUGUUUCGGUGGAAGCUGCGCUAUUAAUUUGUUUAUUCACGAAGAGCACAUGAACCCUCGGCGAAAAAAGGUUAUUUGUCAAGGUAAGGCCAAGACAAUGAAAUAUGCAUUACGUAAUGAAAUGUGUGUUUAGUGUAAGGAGUUUGCUCUUUAAAAAUAAAAGUCCCCCGAAUGUGUUGCAAAUGCGCGGUCGAUUUCGAACGCAAGUUAUCAUGAGGAAGUUGACGUGCGAUAUUUAUUGCUCAACUUUCCAUAGAUAUUUGUUACAUUGUAACCUCUGUUACCAGUAAGUAUCCUGGUAAUCAAUCAGAACUUGGAUGGGUUACAUCCAGACGUGGUCUAUCAGGAUACAUUUUUUAACUACUCGAUAGCGAAGUCGCUCUGUCGGUGACCAGAAGUUAGCAAGAGUAGAAGGUCCAUUCAAAAUGGCUGCCUUUCUGUCUCUUCCCUUUCCCUCUAGGUUUUUAUGUUUGUGUCUGAAAAGUACGUUAAAGGGGAUAACACAUACAUGAUAUAAAGUAAUUAAUCGUGGUGGACCAAGUUUUAUUGGUGUCUUAAAUAAUGUAUGUUCUAUUACCCCUACUCUCGUUUAUUCAUCAUUCUUUUACUGCUAUGUUAGAAUGUUGCCAGAGCUCUAUUCGUCAUCUGGCCAGUGAUGAAGCAGCCUUGUGACCACGGCAGUACAGUGGGGAGAAGGGAGGAGUAACAUUUACAUGGGUGGAACUUCCACAGGAGGGAGGCAUGUUGGUUUGUUAGAAAUAGCGGUAUGUGUACGUUAUUCAACACUUUGACAGUGUAAGGGGCCUGGAGGAUGGCAAGGUGGGAAUUUUAAAAACGUUACCAGAAAACACUGAAGAUAGGCUACUAGGUUUUAUAAUUUACAUCUGCUGGUGUAGAGGUCAAAUUAUCCCUUACGAAAAGAGAUUGCAGUCAGAGUGCAGUAUAACUGCAGUUAUUCUGCAAUUACUGCAUCCAAAAUACCACCGUUGACUGCAGUUACUGCACUUUUACUGCAGUUUCAAAACUGCAAUCUUUUUUUUUUUAAGGAUCAUAUGUGGCCAAAGGGACAGAUGUUCAUUGUAGUUGGCAGUUAUUUUUUCUUUUAAAAUAGAUGUUAUUUUUUUAAAGAAAAAAAUGAAAAAGAUCAUGAUACAGGCAAUCGUUUUUCAAGCCCAUCAAUCCAUUAAGGCCCUCUUGAAGUUUAAUGACACUGUCAAAGCAAACACCGUAAACUCAACUGUCCCUAGUUUAUACAAGGAGACACCGUUUGUUACUGCAAUGCUGUAUACAAAGAUGAAGUAUAAAAAAUAAAUCAAAUCCACUGUAGGCAAUUUGAACAUCAUUUGUCCUGUAAAGACCGGAUAAUCAUAUUUUUGUUGUGAUUUGCCAUACAAGAGGUAGCUGGGAGUUUAUUCACCAUGGGAAAUGCUCAUAAAUUGCUUCACCAUUUGAGGUGUGGGAAAUAAGUACAUAAAUACAACAUUUUGGAACAUGAAUGUAAUUUCACUUCAUUGCCCUAAAAACAAUGUCACUUUCUCAAAUGACUGCAAAUGAGCAAGAAAGUGACAUACCUGCUGCUGUGUGUCCCCUGACGUGGUGUAGUUUUUAGUCAUGCUGCAGAGGAUGUGUCGGCUUGCAUUCUGGUCAAUGUCUCUACAGUGCUGGGAUGUUGCUCUUGCGUCAGGUAGGAUAAUCUCCCAUGCCUUAAUUUCAACCCCCCUUCAAUGUUAUGUUAUCCUUAUAGCUAACGGUUGUUAAUUAAGAUUUUCUCCUGUGAUCUUUGAGACUAUCAAACAAAUCAUAACAUUUGCAUAACAAUUCCACCCUUCAACAUGAUAUUAUUUUUUUGCAUUACGUAUGUGGUUCUUAGUUUUUGCCUGCAACUAACAGUUUGUUGGUUUGGUGUACAAAACGAUGCAUAUUGCCCUUCCCUCUUCCUGAAGCUCGAGCAACCAAACUAGGUUCUAACCCAAUGCGAUGUGACACAAACAAUUUGGCAUUGAGGAGGUAAAGCGGGCAUCAUUAUUUGUAGCUGCUCAUAGCCUUUCACAGUUCCUCAGCACCUGGUCCCAGUAGCUGAGUUCUAGUGCAUCUUCUCCUCCCCCCUUCUGCACACACACGUGUCACCCAGUGACAUUGGAUGUAAUGUGCAUUGACAUGCUGGUUACUGUCAUGUGUUCUCCCUGCUCUAGUUGCAUGUUUGUCACUUUUAGGCUCCCGCAACCCUGGUUGGCUGGCUGCCGUGGCUGGAGGCAAAUGUCCAACACUCGUCUCAGUACUGGAUGUAUGUACAAAGUGCUGUUUAGCCAUUUUCAGUGUGUGUCUGAGAUUGUAUCUUUACAAAUGCUUGCAUCGGGAGUGGGUUCUCUUUUUCUAUUUUAGGCACUGUGCUUGAAUUGACAAAGGUCUAAUUUCCACAUCUUCAUGUUUCACCUUUCUUGCAAAUGGCUAAAGCAAGUCUGUGUUCAUAUUUAUUUUAGGAAUACAGUAGGUACUUUUGAUAAUGAUUUACCAAUACUGACAUUGGUCGGAAUAUACUCUUGAUAGUUAAUUUACUGUUUUUUGAUAAUUCUGGUUGGAAGUUGAUGUCACUCUGUUUUGUCUGUAAACAGAAAUGUAUUUUUGAAUCCCUUUGUCUUAACCGGCAUUUACUAAAAUGUAAUAUUGGAAGAUGUGCUCAAUGGACGUUGGCCUGGAUAAUCAGCAAAGAUCCUAUCAGUUCAGACGAAUGCCUUACUGACAUUGUUCCUCUUUCUUUCCCUCUACUGUAGCACACAAACAAGUCUUGAGUUUGCUAUCCGUUUCAAGACUGGAGAGCUAGAGUGUGCUCUAAUCACAAGAAUUCUGGUAGCAAAUUAAAUAUUUUUAUCAGUGUGGUGAUCUAAAUUGGAUGUUCCACUUAGCAUGCACCUUGCAGGUCUGUCUGAAAAGACCUGAAAGAGAGUUAAGAACAGAAGCAUUUGUUCAGUAGCCCUUGAUCAUGACUCUCAGUUCCAUUAUAUUACACAUAGGAGUCAUUGGAAGAAGGCGUCUUCUUUACAGAGGAGUGUUGUUAAGAGCCCCAAUCUGAACAUGAACACGCGUCGCUUGCGGUACGGUUUUGGAAGCAUAAGGACCUUAUCUUUCAUAUCAGCGAGAAAUAAUUUUCAAAAAACUAAAGGUUAAAUUGAUGUUAGGGUUAGUGUUCCCACACGGCCGUAUCUCCAUGUUACAGCGCUUGUUUACGGAAAACAGACGGAAGACAAGAGGCGACCACCUUUGCUAAUUAGCUCUCUAGCAUGCUCGAACACCUACAGUGGGGAGAACAAGUAUUUGAUACACUGCCGAUUUUGCAGGUUUUCCUACUUACAAAGCAUGUAGAGGUCUGAUUUUUAUAAUAGGUACACUUCAACUGUGUGAGACGGAAUCGAAAAAUCCAGAAAAUCACAUUGUAUGAUUUUUAACUAUUUAAUUUGCAUUUUAUUGCAUGACAUAAGUAUUUGAAAACCAGGUUUGCACACACUGCAGCAGGGAUUUUGGCCCACUCCUCCAUACAGACCUUUUCCAGAUCCUUCAGGUUUCGGGGCUGUCGCUGGGCAAUACAGACUUUCAGCUCCCGCCAAAGAUUUUCUAUUGGGUUCAGGUCUAGAGACUGGCUAGGCCACUCCAGGACCUUGAGAUGCUUCUUACGGAGCCACUCCUUAGUUGCCCUGGCUGUGUGUUUCGGGUCGUUGUCAUGCUGGAAGACCCAGCUACGACCCAUCUUCAAUGCUCUUACUGAGGGAAGGAGGUUGUUGGCCAAGAUCUUGCGAUACAUGGCCCCAUCCAUCCUCCCCUCAAUACGGUGCAGUCGUCCUGUCCCCUUUGCAGAAAAGCAUCCCCAAAGAAUGAUGUUUCCACCUCCAUGCUUCACGGUUGGGAUGGUGUUCUUGGGGUUGUACUCAUCCUUCUUCUUCCUCCAAACACAGCGAGUGGAGUUUAGACCAAAAAGCUCUAUUUUUGUCUCAUCAGACCACAUGACCUUCUCCCAUUCCUCCUCUGGAUCAUCCAGAUGGUCAUUGGCAAACUUCAGACGGGCCUGGACAUGCGCUGGCUUGAGCAGGGGGACCUUGCGUGUGCUGCAGGAUUUUUAUCCAUGACGGCGUAGUGUGUUACUAAUGGUUUUCUUUGAGACUGUGGUCCCAGCUCUCUUUAGGUCAUUGACCAGAUCCUGCCGUGUAGUUCUGGGCUGAUCCCUCACCUUCCUCAUGAUCAUUGAUGCCCCACGAGGUGAGAUCUUGCAUGGAGCCCCAGACCGAGGGUGAUUGACCGUCAUUUUGAACUUCUUCCAUUUUCUAAUAAUUGCGCCAACAGUUGUUGCCUUCUCACCAAGCUGCUCGCCUAUUGUCCUGUAGCCCAUCCCAGCCUUGUGCAGGUCUACAAUUUUAUCCCUGAUGUCCUUACACAGCUCUCUGGUCUUGGCCAUUGUGGAGAGGUUGGAGUCUGUUUGAUUGAGUGUGUGGACAGGUGUCUUUUAUACAGGUAACAAGUUCAAACAGGUGCAGUUAAUACAGGUAAUGAGUGGAGAACAAGAGGGCUUCUUAAAGAAAAACUAACAGAUAUGUGAGAGCCAGAAUUCUUACUGGUUGGUAGGUGAUCAAAUACUUAUGUCAUGCAAUAAAAUGCAAAUUAAUUACUUAAAAAUCAUACAAUGUGAUUUUCUGGAUUUUUGUUUUAGAUUCCGUCUCUCACAGUUGAAGUGUACCUAUGAUAAAAAUUACAGACCUCUACAUGCUUUGUAAGUAGGAAAACCUGCAAAAUCGGCAGUGUAUCAAAUACUUGUUCUCCCCACUGUAUGUGUAAGGGUAACUCGGGAAGUGUAGCGGAAGUGUAGUUUGGUGGAAUGGAGGCAGCCAUAGCUGUAUGGAUCUGUGCAAAACUGCUUCAGUAAGUCUAUAUUUUUUUAUUUGAAGGAUUCUUUCUCGCUGAUGAAAGAUAAGGGCCAUAUGUUUCGAAAGCCAUAUCGCAAGUGAUGAUUAUUGAUGUUUCUAAAUGUUAAAACACAGCGUUGGGAUUGUAGUGGGUGAAGCUAAUGGCUGAAAACUGUAGGGAGAAGGCAGAAUGCCGCCUAGAGUUUUCGAGAGAUAGUUGUUCAGUAACGUACUGAAGCGAUGAGCAAAAGAGGAAGCCGCCUCGUGUAUAUGCCUGUGCGUCGACGUAGGAAAGGUGAAGAAAAGUAAAUGAACACAAGUACAUUAUUCAUAAUAUCUUUGAUUUUCAGGUGCACACAACCUUUUGAAAUCAUAAUCCUGAUAUUCUAGUAUGUUUUAUUAAGAAAUAUUAUUACAAUAAGUAAAUAGGACUUUUGACAUCUUUACAGAACAAUAUAAAACACCGAAAUACUAUGCUUAACAUGCAAAACAAGUGAAUGGAAAAGGCUACUUCUUAAAAAGCUUUGUAUGUUCUAACUAAAAUCCUAUUUGGCUCCCCCCACAGGGCCAACAUGUACUCCAGGGGCACCAAACGCAAGUUCUCUGACGGUGUGGACGUGGCGACGGACGACAAGGCGGUAGCGGCGUCGUACAGCCGGCAGCGCCAGUCCCUGCUGGACAUGUCUCUGAUCAAGCUGCAGCUGUGCCACAUGCUGGUGGAGCCCAACCUGUGCCGCUCGGUGCUCAUUGCCAACACAGUGCGCCAGAUCCAGGAGGAGAUGACCCAUGACGGUAGUUGGCAGGUGGUCACCGAGGACUUCGGCGGCUCCGGCCCAUCCGACCGCCUGGUAGCCACCGAGGUUUUGUGCCGGUUGUCGGCGCCGGAGCAGCAGGACGGUGGGCCCAAGCUCUACUCGGUGAUGGGCUACGAUGGCUGCCGCGAGGAAGAAGUGUUAACGGACGAGUCUCUGUGUUCUGUGGCAGUUAGCGACGGGGCCCCGGCCCUCCUAUUGGGGACCAUCGACCACUGCUGGGACAGAGCAGAACUGAGCAUGGUGGAGGAGGAGGACCAGGUCAGCGAAGACUCCGGUUCGGAGGUCAAGGAGGGUGCGAGUUCUGGGGAGGGGGCUAAAAUGGUGACGGGGAAGGUGUUCGGGACGUUCGAGAUCAGAAAUGCCGCCCCCAGGUCAGACCCGGCACUAGAGGAGCUGUUCUCGGACGUUGAUGCCUCGUAUUAUGACUUGGACACCAUGCUCACAGGCUUGCAGAGCACCCCCAAGAUGGGGCCUUACGACCUUCUGGACAGCAUGGCCUCCUCACAUGGCCCCGCAUCCAACUCCAGCUGUAGAGCCGAUCUCAAUGAACUUGACCACAUUAUGGAGAUCAUUGUGGGAUCAUAGCUUACGGACUUAAAACUCUAAGACUUUUUCAUUGAACUUGUGCCUCUGACUUUUUGUCUUGUAUGUGUGAACAGACAGUAUAUCCAUACCUUCCUCUGUAUGGAAACUGAGUGAAAUCGAUCUCUGUGCAGUGACAUUUUAAUCUGAAAAGGUUAACAGUUUCUCAAGUUCACCAUACUUAUUUCUUAUGUUUACUUUCUUUAUGUUUGUAUUUCAAUGUGUACUCUUCUUGUUUCAUUGUUUUGUCGUUUUUGCUUUAAAUUAUUGUACCUAUUACACUACAUGAACUCAGAGCAGCACAACAUUUACAUGAACUAUACAUAUUUUCUUAAUAAAAGAUCGUUAAAGUAUCUAUC